UUUGAGCCCUUUUCAUUAGCGAUGCCGAUUUCUGUCGCUUAAUGAUCAGAUGAGAGCGAAUCUUGAUUACGUUGCCGUUAUCAUGUUGCAUAAUGAGAGAUAAGAAGAAACAAGCAGGUGAAGCCUAAGAGUGGUCCAUAAAUAUGGGUGGUAACUGGGUAUUGAGUACUCAUAAACUUGAUAACCCCACAACCUCAAACGUAGCCAUGAUGUUUCCUGCCAUACUAACAGUCGUGAGCUUCUUUGCUGUAGUCUUGAUCUGCGCCUUCAGUUCUUACAGGCGAAGAGAGGAAGAUAAGGCUCGACCAGUACCCACUUACCCAAUCGUGGGCUCAGCGUUUUUCUUCUGGAAAAACCGAGGUCGAUUUUCCCAAUGUUUUACAGAGCUGCUGAGAGAUGCCCCUUCCAACACCAUAAAGUUUCAACGCCCAAGUGGAAAAAUGGCCAUCGUCACAGCCAAUCCAGCCAACGUGGAGCACAUACUCAAAACCCGAUUUGAAAUUUAUCCCAAGGGCGAUUACAACAGGCUCGUCAUGAACGAUCUCCUGGGCGACGGGAUUUUCAACGCGGACGGAGAGGCCUGGAAAUUCCAGAGGAAGGUGGCCAGCUAUGAGUUCAACACGAGGUCGUUGCGCGAUUUCAUAGCGGAGACCGUCAAUGGAGAGGUCGUCCAACGCCUGCUGCCGCUCCUUCGGAAAGCUGCUCUGCAAGGCAAAAGCUCGUUGGAUAUGCAGGACGUCCUCAAGAGAUUUGCCUUCGAUAACAUCUGUAAAGUGGCCUUUGGUGCAGAUCCCGCUUGCCUUGACAUUUCUCUUCCGCAGUCACACUUCAUGGAGGCCUUUGAUACUGCAACGUAUUUGACCGCGGAGCGGUUCUUCACUCCCCUGCCUAUCUCCUGGAAGCUCAAGCGGCUCUUAAACGUGGGGUCCGAGAGGCACUUGAGCCAAGCAAUAAGGUCUGUUCACUUGUUUGCUGAAGACCUUAUGAAGAGAAGAAACAAGGAGCUUUCUCUCUCCUCUGCAGCAGAGCCUGAGGACUUGUUGUCCAGAUUUCUGUCCCUUCAUCGGAGUAGCGAAGGAGAGUCUUAUGGCGAUUUCGUGAGAGAUAUUGUCAUCAGUUUUAUCUUGGCUGGAAGAGACACAACGUCUGCUGCUCUCACUUGGUUUUUCUGGCUCUUGUCUUCCCAUCCCCAUGUCGAAAAAAAUAUUGAGCUCGAAGUUAAACGUGUUAUCGCUGCCAGAGAUGAGAUCAGUUCCGGUUUUUCUUACGAGGAAUUGAAAGAGAUGAAUUAUCUGCAGGCGUCUCUUUGUGAAUCGAUGCGGCUGUAUCCGCCCGUUCCGUCUGAUUCUAAAGAGGCAUUGCAAGAUGAUGUUCUUCCAGAUGGCACCAUUGUGAGCAAAGGGACACGAGUGACUUACCAUCCGUACGCGAUGGGAAGGAUGGAGAGUAUCUGGGGCGCCGAUUGCUUGGAAUUCAAGCCGGAGAGAUGGCUCAAGAAAGGUGAUAAUGGAUCGCUGGUGUGUGUGGCAGAGAAUGCAUUUAAAUAUGCAGUGUUUCAGGCCGGACCGCGCAUUUGCUUGGGGAAAGAAAUGGCUUUUACUCAGAUGAAAUGCAUCGUUGCCAGUGUCAUCACAGAAUUUCGUCUGGAUGUUGAUCCCAACUUGAAGCCCAAGUUCGUAUCCACGUUAACUUCAGGAAUGAGCGGUGGGCUUUAUGUCAAAGUUGUUGAGAAAACAAAAGAGGAUUAAUGGUAAGAUUUGUAAGCAGUUUCCUCGUAUAAGGAAUCCUUGUUUUCCUGUC